GUAAAAUAUAAAGCUUCGAAAGUAAAGUAAUAGCUAAGAAAAAUGAACCCCAUGACGAAUAUGAAAAAUGUGCUCAAAUUGAGCGAUCAGGAUUUAAAACGCGGCGGCACCAACUCUUGGCACGACCAGUACCGCGGCAGUGCGUGGAUAUUUGUCGGCGGAUUGCCUUACGAACUGACCGAGGGCGACGUGAUAUGCGUGUUCUCGCAGUACGGAGAGAUCGUAAACAUCAACCUGGUGCGUGAUAAGGUAACGGGAAAGUCGAAAGGAUUCUGCUUCAUCUGCUACGAGGACCAGCGGUCGACGAUUUUGGCCGUGGACAAUCUGAACGGCAUCAAGGUGACGGGCAAAACACUGCGGGUCGACCACGUGCAGGACUACAAGCCACCGAAGGAAAACGAAAAAACAGACGACGAAACCCGACAGCUGUACAUGGAAGGCUGUGCACCGAAAGUUCAGCCGGCGCCGGAAUCCGCUCAUCGACGGAGUCGAAAGGACAAGUGAUUCAUGCUAAUUGAAC